AUGAGCAUUCCUGUUGAAUACAGUAAGGAUGUUCAGUGGGACUGGCCUCUCCAGACAAACGAUGAUUUUGUGAAGGUGAUCGACGAUUCAACACAUUUCGAAGUUGAUUUGGACGCGAAAAUGUUCACUCCGAAAGAAAUUCAGGUGAAAACAGUCGGUGAUUUGCUGGAGAUUCACAUGGAUCAUGAGGCACGCGGUGACGAUACCUUCAACAUCAGCAGAAGUAUAACCCGGUGCUAUAAAUUACCGAAGGGUGUGAAUACGAAAACCCUGAAGAGCAAUCUAGACAAGAAUGGAGUGCUGCACAUCAGCGCAAUGAAAAGUUAA